CCUCCCUUCUUCUAAUCACCAUGUCAGCCUACCACCUCCUGCUGCAGAGGUGCUCGUCAGACCAGUUUUCAGGCAGUGUGUUGUGUGUUGAUCUUUGGGGAAGCUCGCAGUGCCACAAGUUAAAACUCAGGAGACGAGAUUUGGUUCUGAGGGGGAAAAAAAAACAGGAGCCUCAGGGGUCGUUCGAGCCCAUUACAGGAUAAGACGUCUCACCGGCAGUGAGGCUUCAGCAUUUGGACCAUGGUCUCCUCUGCAAAACCGUACAAAAACCAGCACUAUGCUGCCCUGAAGAGAGACUGUAUCAGUAAAAAGACACUGUUUGAGGAUUCAGAGUUCCCAGCCACCAACACUUCUCUCUAUUAUACCAAACCACCACCUGGCAGGGUAGAGUGGAAACGACCUAGGGAGAUAAGUGAAAGUCCUCAUCUGUUUGUUGAUGGCAUCAGCUCCCAUGACUUGAACCAGGGAGUUGUGGGAAACUGCUGGUUUGUUGCUGCCUGCUCUUGUCUGGCUUUGAAGCCAACCCUCUGGAAGAAGGUGAUUCCUGACUGGAAGGAGCAGGAGUGGGAUGAUAAACACCCCGAGAACUACGCCGGAAUCUUCCACUUUCAGUUCUGGAUCUUUGGUGAAUGGGUAGAUGUGGUCAUUGAUGACCGACUACCGACAAUCAAUGGAGAGCUCAUCUACUGUCACUCGAAAAGCACCAACGAAUUCUGGAGUGCUCUGCUGGAGAAGGCCUACGCCAAGCUUUCUGGCUGCUAUCAGUCCCUGGAGGGGGGAAACACUGGUGAUGCUGUGGUGGAUUUCAGCGGAGCUGUGUCUGAAGCCAUCAGUCUAGAAGAAGGCCAAUAUUAUAAGGACCAAAAAAAACAAGACAAGCUCUUCGAGGACCUGCUGAAGGUGUACGACCGUGGAGGAAUCAUAAGCUGCUCCAUCAAGGCAGAUCCUCACGAAAUUGAAUUCAAGUUGGCGAACGGGCUCGUGAAAGGCCAUGCGUACUCGGUGACAGCAGUGAAGAGGGUUCGUUUGGGUCAUGGGCUGCUGGCCUACUUCAAAAAUGAAACCAUUCCUCUGAUCCGCAUGAGAAACCCUUGGGGCACGAUUGAGUGGAAAGGAGCCUGGAGUGACAGUUCUGAAGAAUGGUCAAAAGUUGGCGACACAGAGAGGGGCAACCUUGGCAUCACAGUGGCAGAUGAUGGAGAGUUCUGGAUGUCAUUCACAGACUGGUGCAAGUUCUUCACAGACACAGAUGUUUGCCGCAUCAUCAAUACUUCAUUGAUUAGUGUGCAUAAGUCUUGGCACGAGGCUAUGCACUUUGGCAGCUGGACCAAAAAUGCAGACCCGCUUUUAAACCGCUGCGGCGGCUGUGCUAACCACAAACAGACAUUCCUGCAGAACCCACAGUAUUUAUUUCAUGUGACAAAAGAGGCUGAUGAGGUCCUGAUUUCCUUGCAACAGAAAGACAUGAAAAUCCACAGAAGACACGGUCAAGGAGAAAACCUAACCAUUGGUUUCAGUAUCUUUAAGGUGGAACUGAACAGGAAGUAUCGUUUACAUGACAUCCUGACCCAAAACUGUGUGGUGAGUUCCACCUACAUCAACGCUCGGACAGUGUUUAUGAGACACACCCUGUCUCAGGGCCAAUACGUCAUCAUCCCUACCACCUUCAAGCCUUUUACGCUGGGCGAUUACAUGCUCCGAGUUUUCACUGAUUUGCACUCGGGCUGCAGGGAGCUGACAGAAGACAAGCCAAAGGUAAGAUGCUGGAGUUCAAUCACUGGAUACCCACAAGCUGUGACUCAUGUCUACAUCCACGCAGCUGAGGGGCUGCAAAACCAGGACCGUACAGGAGGUGCAGACCCCUAUGUGAUCAUAUCGUGUGAGGGCCGAUCAGUAAAAUCCACCAUCCACAACGAUACUUUGGAACCAGAGUUUGCAACCAGUGCUGUUUUCUACAGGAAAAAGCUCAGGAAGCCCAUAACUGUGGAGGUGUGGAACAGCAAUGCAGUGAAGGACGAAUUUAUGGGCCAACUGGUGUUGUCCGGGUCAGCGAAUGACCCCUCUGGCCCUCAGAGGCUUCAGCUCAGGCAGCAAGGAGAGCAGAAGGCUGAGAUGCCCGGCACCAUCAGUCUAAGGAUCGUCACUUCCACUCAGCUGACUGCCAUAUAACCGGAUCCGUUUCCUUUCUCAACUAUACCAUGAACAUAUUAUGCAACUUAUUUGAGCAGGCAUCAAAACCGAUGCCUCAAACCAACCAUUUGUAUCCAGUUAUUUGUAUGAUGGUGAAUAAUGUGAGUGGGGGACCAUGGGAAAGACUGCAAAUCUGUUCUUUUUAAUCUUUUUU